UGUGACAGCGCGCCGGCCGCGCUGACUCUCCUCGGCGGGGACCGCGGCGCCGGCCGGAGCGAGGAGCUGCGCACGCAGCGGGUCCCGGCGCCCUCCCCGCACACAAAGGCCCGCGCGCGUCCGGAGCCCGCGGCGGGGACCGAGCUCCCUCUUGCCUGCCCUGGGGGCCGGGAGCCGCGCGGACUGAGAAGGCUCCUGUGUGCCCGGAGGCGCCCUACUCCGCUCCGUGCUCCGGGACAUGGAACCGCGCCGACGCGGCGCCCGCGCGCUCGGGCCGCUGCCCGCUGCACUGGAUCUAUAGUCACAGGCGGCCCCGCUCGGGGCGCAGCGCCCGCCGCCCGCGCCGGUCGUCUCCGCUCCGGGUCUUUGUGUCCCAGCCCGCACCCGCCCCGCCGCCCCGCGCCCACCCGCCAGCCGCGGCCGGCCCGGCACCCUGGAGCCGCACGGGAGUCGGCCGUCCGAGCUGCGUCCGGCGCGGCGCCCCGGAACCCCGAGUCCGCCGCGCCGCCGCGCCCCGCGCGUGCGCUCCCGCCCCGCGCCCUGAGGGCCCCGGAGAGCGAGCGCAUCUGGCCCGGCGACCGCUGGAGCUGCGCAGCGCGCCCCGGAGCUGCCUGCGGGCGCACGCCGUCUUCCCCGCCAGUCUGCCCUGGAGGAUUGGGGGUCCCAGCCUGCGUCCCGUCAGUCCCUUCUCGGCCCGGAGUGCGCGGAGCUGGGAGUGGCUUCGCCAUGGCUGUGAGGAGGGACUCCGUGUGGAAGUACUGCUGGGGAGUUUUGAUGGUUUUAUGCAGAACUGCGAUUUCCAAAUCGAUAGUUUUAGAGCCUAUCUAUUGGAAUUCCUCGAACUCCAAAUUUCUACCUGGACAAGGACUGGUACUAUACCCACAGAUAGGAGACAAAUUGGAUAUUAUUUGCCCCAAAGUGGACUCUAAAACUGUUGGCCAGUAUGAAUAUUAUAAAGUUUAUAUGGUUGAUAAAGACCAAGCAGACAGAUGCACUAUUAAGAAGGAAAAUACCCCUCUCCUCAACUGUGCCAAACCAGACCAAGAUAUCAAAUUCACCAUCAAGUUCCAAGAAUUCAGCCCUAACCUCUGGGGUCUAGAAUUUCAGAAGAACAAAGAUUAUUACAUUAUAUCUACAUCAAAUGGGUCUUUGGAGGGCCUGGAUAACCAGGAGGGAGGGGUGUGCCAGACAAGAGCCAUGAAGAUCCUCAUGAAAGUUGGACAAGAUGCAAGUUCUGCUGGAUCAACCAGGAAUAAAGAUCCAACAAGACGUCCAGAACUAGAAGCUGGUACAAAUGGAAGAAGUUCGACAACAAGUCCCUUUGUAAAACCAAAUCCAGGUUCGAGCACAGACGGCAACAGCGCCGGACAUUCCGGGAACAACAUCCUCGGUUCCGAAGUGGCCUUAUUCGCAGGGAUUGCUUCAGGAUGCAUCAUCUUCAUCGUCAUCAUCAUCACGCUGGUGGUCCUCUUGCUGAAGUACCGGAGGAGACACAGGAAGCACUCGCCGCAGCACACGACCACGCUGUCGCUCAGCACGCUGGCCACACCCAAGCGCAGCGGCAACAACAACGGCUCGGAGCCCAGUGACAUUAUCAUCCCGCUCAGGACUGCGGACAGCGUCUUCUGCCCUCACUACGAGAAGGUCAGCGGGGACUACGGGCACCCGGUGUACAUCGUCCAGGAGAUGCCUCCGCAGAGCCCAGCGAACAUUUACUACAAGGUCUGAGAGGGACCCUGGUGGUACCUGUGCUUUCCCAGAGGACACCUAAUGUCCCGAUGCCUCCCUUGAGGGUUUGAGAGCCCGCGUGCUGGAGAACUGACUGAAGCACAGCACCGGGGGAGAGGGACACUCCUCCUCGGAAGAGCCCGUCGCGCUGGACAGCUUACCUAGUCUUGUAGCAUUCGGCCUUGGUGAACACACACGCUCCCUGGAAGCUGGAAGACUGUGCAGAAGACGCCCAUUCGGACUGCUGUGCCGCGUCCCACGUCUCCUCCUCGAAGCCAUGUGCUGCGGUCACUCAGGCCUCUGCAGAAGCCAAGGGAAGACAGUGGUUUGUGGACGAGAGGGUUGUGAGCAUCCUGGCAGGUGCCCCAGGACGCCACGCCUGGAAGGGCCGGCUUCCGCCUGGGGUGCAUUUCCCCCACAGUGCAUACCGGACUUGUCACACGGACCUCGGGCUAGUUAAGGUGUGCAAAGGUCUCUAGAGUUUAGUCCUUACUGUCUCACUUGUUCUGUUACCCAGGGCUCUGCAGCACCUCACCUGAGACCUCCACUCCACAUCUGCAUCACUAAUGGAACACUCAUGUCUGGAGUCCCCUCCUCCAGCCGUUGGCAACAACAGCUUCAGUCCAUGGGUAAUCCGUUCAUAGAAAUUGUGUUUGCUAACAAGGUGCCCUUUAGCCAGAUGCUAGGCUGUCUGCGAAGAAGGCUAGGAGUUCGUAGAAGGGAGUGGGGCUGGGGAAAGGGCUGGCUGCAAUUGCAGCUCACUGCUGCUGCCUCUGAAACAGAAAGUUGGAAAGGAAAAAAGAAAAAAGCAAUUAGGUAGCAUAGCACUUUGGUUUUGCUGAGAUUUAAGAGGCAAGUAGGAGACACGACAGCACACACAGUGGAUUCCAGUGCAUGGGGAGGCACUCGCUGUUAUCAACUAGCGAUGUGCAGGAAGAAAAGCCCCUCUUCAUUCCGGGGAACAAAGACGGGUAUUGUUGGGAAAGGAACAGGCUUGGAGGGAAGGGAGAAAGUAGGCCGCUGAUGAUAUAUUCGGGCAGGACUGUUGUGGUACUGGCAAUAAGAUAUACAGCUCCGAGCUGUAGGAGAGUCGAUCUGCUUUGGAUGAUUUUUUAAGCAGACUCAGCUGCUAUACUUAUCACAUUUUAUUAAACACAGGGAAAGCAUUUAGGAGAAUAGCAGAGAGCCAAAUCUGACCUAAAAGUUGAAAAGCCAAAGGUCAAACAGGCUGUAAUUCCAUCAUCAUUGUUGUUAUUAAAGAAUUCUCAUCUAUAAAAGGUAGGUCAGAUCCCCCUCCCCCCAGGUUCCCCCUUCCUCUCCCGAUUGAGCCUUAUGACACUUUGGUUUAUGCGGUGCUGUCCGGGUGCCAGGGCUGCAGGGUCGGUACUGAUGGAGGCUGCAGCGCCCGGUGCUCUGUGUCAAGGUGAAGCACAUACGGCAAACCUCUUAGGGUCCUUAAGAUGGAAAUAAACUAUGAUGUCCAGGGGGAGAAGGAAGAUAGGACAUAUUUAUAAUAGGUAUAUAGAACACAAGGGAUAUAAAAUGAAAGAUUUUUACUAAUAUAUAUUUUAAGGUUGCACACAGUACACACCAGAAGAUGUGAAAUUCAUUGGUGGCAAUUAAGUGGUCCCAAUGCUCAGCGCUUAAAAAAGCAAAUUGGACAGCUACUUCUGGGAAAAACAACAUCAUUCCAAAAAGAACAAUAAUGAGAGCAAAUACAAAAAUAACCAAGUCCUCCGAAGGCAUCUCAUGGAACCGUAGACUAGGAAGUACGAGCCCCACAGAGCAGGAAGUCGAUGUGACUGCAUCAUAUAUUUAACAAUGACAAGAUGUUCCGGCAUUUAUUUUCUGCGUUGGGUUUUCCCUUGCCUUAUGGGCUGAAGUGUUCUCUAGAAUCCAGCAGGUCACACUGGGGGCUUCAGGUGAUGAUUUAGCUCUGGCUCCCUCCUCCUGUCCUCCCCCGCACCCCCUCCCUUCUGGGAAACAAGAAGAGUAAACAGGAAACCUACUUUUUAUGUGCUAUGCAAAAUAGACAUCUUUAACAUAGUCCUGUUACUAUGGUAACACUUUGCUUUCUGAAUUGGAAGGGAAAAAAAUGUAGCGACAGCAUUUUAAGGUUCUCAGACCUCCAGUGAGUACCUGCAAAAAUGAGUUGUCACAGAAAUUAUGAUCCCCUAUUUCCUGAACCUGGAAAUGAUGUUGGUCCAAAGUGCGUGUGUGUAUGUGUGAGUGGGUGUGUGGUAUACAUGUGUACAUAUAUGUAUAAUAUAUAUCUACAAUAUAUAUUAUAUAUAUCUAUAUCAUAUUUCUGUGGAGGGUUGCCGUGGUAACCAGCCACAGUACAUAUGUAAUUCUUUCCAUCACCCCAACCUCUCCUUUCUGUGCAUUCGUGCAAGAGUUUCUUGUAAGCCAUCAGAAGUUACUUUUAGGAUGGGGGAGAGGGGCGAGAAGGGGAAAAAUGGGAAAUAGUCUGAUUUUAAUGAAAUCAAAUGUAUGUAUCAUCAGUUGGCUAUGUUUUGGUUCUAUGCUAAACUGUGAAAAAUCAGAUGAAUUGAUAAAAGAGUUCCCUGCAACCAAUUGAAAAGUGUUCUGUGCGUCUGUUUUGUGUCUGGUGCAGAAUAUGACAAUCCACCAACUGUCCCUUUAUUUGAAGUUGGUUUCGCUUUGGAAAGUGACUGUAAAUGCCUUGCUUGUAUGAUCGUCCCUGGCCACCCGACUGUGGAAUUUUUUGCACCAUCAUGUUUAAGUGAAGAUGCUGUAAAUAGGUUCAGAUUUUACUGUCUAUGGAUUUGGGGUGUUACAGUAGCCUUAUUCACCUUUUUAAUAAAAAUACACAUGAAAACAAGAAAGAAAUGGCUUUUCUUACCCAGAUUGUGUACAUAGAGCAAUGUUGGUUUUUUAUAAAGUCUAAGCAAGAUGUUUUGUAUAAAAUCUGAAUUUUGCAAUGUAUUUAGCUACAGCUUGUUUAACGGCAGUGUCAUUCCCCUUUGCACUGUAAUGAGGAAAAAAUGGUAUAAAAGGUUGCCAAAUUGCUGCAUAUUUGUGCCGUAAUUAUGUACCAUGAAUAUUUAUUUAAAAUUUCGUUGUCCAGUUUGUAAGUAACACAGUAUUAUGCCUGAGUUAUAAAUAUUUUUUCUUUCUUUGUUUUAUUUUAAUAGCCUGUCAUAGGUUUUAAAUCUGCUUUAGUUUCACAUUGCAGUUAGCCCCAGAAAAUGAAAUCCGUGAAGUCACAUUCCACAUCUGUUUCAAACUGAAUUUGUUCUUAAAAAAAUAAAAUAUUUUUUUCCUAUGGAAAAA